ACGCAAUGCCUGGGUCUGUGCAAGGGGUUUGGAGGGGCUGCCACGCGCCAGCCUUCCAGACCCAGAUGAAGCUGUCUGUAUCCCAGCCCGCUGCAAGGAGACUCCUGGGGACCGUUUCCCCACGCUUAUUCACCACGGCCGGGCACUGGAGGGGGAUUGUCGCCACCGUACAGAUGUGGAAAUAGGCUCAGAGAGUUUAUGUGGCUUGCACUCUCCUCCAAUUCGGUCUCCACACAGCAAGCAAAGUGUUCCCUGACCAGGGAUCAAACCCAUGCCCCCUGCACUGGAAGCGCAGAGGACUAGCCACUGGGCCACCAGGCCCUUUUCGGCGUCUGCCCUUAGCCGAAAUGGCGCCCUCUCGGAAGUUGCCGAAAUUCUAGAAGUUGCCGAAGCAGGUCCGGAAGCUGCCGAGCGAGUCCGGAAGUUGCCGAAAGAGAGCAGCGGGGAAGGAGGAUGGCGGAUAUCAUCGCAAGACUCCGGGAGGACGGGAUCCAAAAGCGUCUGAUACAGGAGGGCCGAGGAGAGCUCCCUGACUUUCAGGAUGGAACGAAGGCCACUUUCCACUACCGGACCCUGCGCAGUGAUGAGGGUGCUGUGCUGGACGACAGCCGGGUGCGAGGCAAGCCCAUGGAGCUCAUUAUUGGCAAGAAGUUCAAGCUGCCCGUGUGGGAGACCAUCGUGCGCACCAUGCGGGAGGGGGAGAUCGCCCAGUUCUGCUGCGACAUCAAGCAUGUGGUCCUUUAUCCGCUGGUGGCCAAGAGUCUGCGCAACAUCGCAGCCGGCAAGGACCCCCUGGAGGGCCAGCGGCACUGCUGCGGCAUCGCGCACAUGCACGAGCACAGCUCCCUGGGCCAUGCCGAUCUGGACGCCCUGCAGAAGAACCCCCAGCCUCUCAUCUUCGACAUCGAGAUGCUUAAGGUGGAGAACCCUGGCACGUACCAGCAGGACCCAUGGGCCAUGACGGAUGAGGAGAAGGCAAAGGCAGUGCCGGUCAUCCACCAGGAGGGCAACCGGUUGUACCGCGAGGGCCAUGUGAAGGAGGCCGCCGCCAAGUACUGCGACGCCAUCGCCUGCCUCAAGAACCUGCAGAUGAAGGAGCAGCCUGGGUCUCCUGAUUGGAUCCAGCUGGAUCAACAGAUCACUCCGCUGCUGCUCAACUAUUGUCAGUGCAAGCUGGUGGCCCAGGAGUAUUACGAGGUGCUGGACCACUGCUCCUCCAUCCUCAAUAAGUAUGAUGACAACGUCAAGGCCUACUUCAAGCGAGGCAAGGCGCACGCGGCCGUGUGGAAUGCCCAGGAGGCCCAGGCUGACUUUGCCAAGGUGCUGGAGCUGGACUCUGCCCUGGCGCCAGUUGUGAGCCGCGAGCUGCGGGCCCUCGAGGCACGGAUCCGACAGAAGGACGAGGAGGACAAGGCCCGCUUCCGGGGCAUCUUCACCCACUGAUAGGGCCUGCUGGCCUGGCCACCCUGCCCAGCUCACUGUUGCUGCUGCCAGCCCUCCCACCCCCACUCUAUCAUGCUUCUCUGUAUAUAAAGGCCGUAUUUAUCUCUG